GUCUUGGUUUGUAUAAAAAUGGAUAUUAAUGACAUACACAUACACGCCAGACGGCGGAAAUACGGGACCGGCGGUAUGGGGAGUUCCGAUAGUUUAUUAAGCUCUAUUCUGUGGCAGACUAACGCUCCUUCCAUUUGAAUGACAGGUCUGUGCAGCACCUACUCUGCCAUGUCUCAGCAGUACCAGUUCAUCAGUGAGUUUAAAACAUGGGCAGAAGCUCAGGAGUCCUGCAGAAAAGCCCAUAUUGACCUGGCCACUGUAGAGGAUAUGAGGAGUAUGAGGAGUCUCUUAAAGACUGUAGACCCACAGUACUUGGGCUUGGUGUGGAUUGGGCUGGAGAGAGGAAUGGAGCAGCGCUGGCAGUGGUCUCUGUGGAACAGCUCUCAGACCAUCACAUACACUAACUGGGGGGAGGGCGAACCUGAUGGACCAGGAGACACAUGUGCUAUGAAAUAUGAAGAAAUAUGGACUGAUGCAUUUUGUUCCAUAGUGACCGAGUUUAUUUGUUUUGAUGAGAGUGAUGGCAAAUACAUUGCCGUGGACAUCAAGAAGCCAUGGCAUGAAGCUCAGCUUUAUUGCAGGGCUAACUACACUGACCUAGCUCCUAUUCCAAACUCAACUGUAGAAAAGGAAAUCGAGAAAAUAGCAGGACCAUACUGGUACUGGACUGGCCUCUUCCAGGAUAGCUGGGAGUGGUCAGACAAACGGCAAAUGUCUUCCUUCCGGUACUGGAUGUCUGGGAAACCAGACAACUACGGCGGUGAAGAGGGCUGCACAGCAAUAGAUAUGAGCAAUGGAGGCCUAUGGGAUGACCUGAGCUGUAACAACAAUCUGCCCUUCAUCUGUCUGGGAGAGGGAAAAAAGCAGAUUGUUCAGGUGACGUUUUCCUCUGUUGGAGAUCUGCGCUUAAAUGACCUGUCAGUGGCCAUCCUGGAGCAGAUCAAGUCCAAGCUGAUUGCGAGUGGACUGCCUCCGGACAUCAGACUGACGUGGAGGAGGCAGAGUGAUGGGAGGCUGUUUAGGCCCAGACAAUGA